ACGAUUAGGCUACCCAAUAUUUAAUACAUCCGUAGUUCCAAAAGCAAAGUUGAAAAGCAAAGCCUCAUCGUUCUUCAUUCAAUCCGGGCCACAUUCCUGAAAUUCUUUAUCAUUUUCCCUUUCUCCUUUCUUCUCCAUCAUCUUUUUCUUGCAGAAGUGAUAUUCAGGUGGAAUGGCAAAGAGUUCAUUCAAGCAAGAGCAUGAUCUUGAGAAAAGGCGUGCUGAAGCUGCUAGAAUUAGAGAGAAAUACCAAGAUAGAAUUCCGGUGAUUGUAGAGAAAGCGGAAAGGAGCGACAUCCCCAAUAUUGACAAGAAAAAGUACCUCGUCCCGGCUGACUUAACUGUUGGGCAGUUUGUCUACGUCAUUCGCAAAAGGAUCAAACUGAGUGCAGAAAAGGCCAUUUUCAUAUUUGUCGACAACGUCCUGCCGCCAACAGGUGCUAUAAUGUCUGCCAUAUACGAGGAAAAGAAGGACGAAGAUGGUUUCCUUUACGUAACCUACAGCGGAGAGAACACAUUUGGGCACGAAAUUCUGCCGUAAAUUCUAGGCUUCCAUUUCUUUUAACAGUUGCCGGCAUUAGACUGCGCCCGGCAAUCCCUCGGUUGUCUGUGCGCAGUUAUCUAAUAAAAACGACGUUCCUGGUUCAUAUUCUGUAUAGCGUAUAUUUGUAUAUAGUUUCUGAAUCUCAAAGGCACACAAGAUUUCAACAUUUCCUGCUAUGAAUUCAAUAACACCAUCAUCUUGUGCUCGGCUGUGCUAUUGACUCUCUACUUACCAAGAUGGUGAGUGAAAUUUACAUUAUAUGGCUUGUAAGUUGUU